GGGGGCGGGCACCGCGCGGCACGCUGGGAGGGGCAGCGCGGCGGGGCAGGGCCGUGGGGUGGGGCCCGCGGCGGCGGCCGGAGCCCCGUCAGGAGAGGGUUGAGGGACCGCCUGGGCUGCGCCGCGUCCGCCGGUUCCUGCGGGGAGCUCGAGGGCUGCCGCUCCGCGCCUCAGCGCCGCCACCAUGUUCUCCUUUAAUAUGUUUGAUCACCCCAUCCCUCGGGUUUUCCAGAACCGCUUCUCAACCCAAUACCGCUGCUUCUCAGUAUCCAUGCUUGCUGGACCUAAUGACAGGUCAGAUGUGGAGAAAGGCGGGAAGAUAAUUAUGCCGCCAUCGGCUUUGGAUCAACUCAGCCGACUUAAUAUCACUUACCCAAUGCUGUUUAAGCUGACCAAUAAAAACUCAGACCGAAUGACGCACUGUGGAGUGCUUGAAUUUGUGGCUGAUGAGGGCAUAUGUUACCUUCCACACUGGAUGAUGCAGAACUUGCUUCUGGAGGAGGGAGGCCUGGUGCAAGUGGAGAGUGUUAAUCUUCAAGUUGCUACUUACUCAAAAUUUCAGCCACAGAGUCCAGAUUUUCUUGACAUCACCAAUCCCAAAGCUGUAUUAGAAAAUGCAUUGAGGAACUUCGCUUGUCUAACUACUGGAGAUGUUAUUGCCAUCAACUACAAUGAAAAGAUCUAUGAGCUUCGGGUAAUGGAGACCAAACCGGAUAAAGCUGUGUCCAUCAUAGAAUGUGAUAUGAAUGUGGAUUUUGAUGCUCCUUUGGGGUACAAAGAACCAGAAAGAACUGCACAGCAUGAAGAGACCACAGAUGUUGAAGCAGACCACAGUGGAUACGUGAGUGAUAUAGGAUUUCGUGCAUUCUCUGGUUCUGGGAACAGACUGGAUGGCAAGAAGAAAGGGGUUGAGCCCAGUCCAUCACCCAUUAAACCAGGAGACAUUCGAAGAGGAAUUCCCAACUAUGACUUCAAGAUUGGUAGGAUCACAUUCAUUAGAAACUCACGUCCGCUAGUUAAGAAAGUCGAAGAGGAUGAAUCUGGAAGCCGGUUUAUCGCCUUUUCGGGAGAAGGCCAGUCCCUGCGCAAAAAGGGAAGGAAACCCUAAGUUGUGGUAGCUUUAGUCAGUUAGGAGGAAAAUAGAACAACGCGUGCAGCAUAUUGGAUCUUAGUUACUGCAGUUGAGAGGUGAGGUCAUUUUGACACAGGAAGACUUACUGGUUUUGGUUUCAUGUUUAAAACUGGAGUUGUUGGACUGUCUCAAUUUUCAGUUGGAAAUUAAGCUGAAAGUAAGUUCUAGGAAUUCUGAAGGAAUGUUUUGUAUGUGUUGUAAAGAGGAGGAAGUUGACCUCGGAUAAACCUGAGAGAGAAACGCACGUUCUACCUUACUAGAAGGCCUGUUCUUAGACUGCAUUCUCCCCUCUUACAUCCCGAGCAGUGAUGGUCUCAAGUCAUUCUCUGCUUGGUAUUUUCCUCCCUCUGUAUUUUGCCACAAUUUCGGGUAAGCUUUUUGGUGUUGGUGUAAACCAAAGCUGACACUUUGGUGUUUAGGACUUUCGUGCAGGGAAUCUUUGAUCUUAGCUUCAGGUGUUGGGUUAUAAAUCAUUCUAAGCAAUCUCCCUGUAACUGCUUUUUAUAUGUAUAAUUAAUAACCUGCCUUUUUAAUAGCUCAGGUAAAAUAACGUUCUGUAGCAAUCUCGUGGCACGUGUAGCGAGGGGCGAGACCCAGCUUCGCUGCCUGGUGCUGGGUAAUGCCGGGGAUGCCCCGGGAAGCCUUUCAAGGCCUGCGUGUCGCUCCUGCGCCGGGUGAAGGCCGUGUGCGCUUUUCGGGGUCCAGUAAAGGUUCUGCUGUGACCACCGCGCGUCCCGGGUGCUGAUUCCCGGGACAGCGGCCGGGCUGCGCGGAGGGGCGGGGUGAGGGUCACGUGACGUGCCUUGAGCCCCGUUCCGCGGGCAGCCAUUGGCUCGCAGGCCCUUGGGGCGGGGCGAAGGGGGUAGCCGGAUUGUGUCGCCCGUCGCCAUUGGCCGGACCCGCGGGUCUCCCCGCCAAGCGCGGUGGGGAUUGGCGGCGGGGCGGCGGCCCUCAGCGGGGGCAGUAUGGCGGCUGGCGAGACGUGGAGGGUGAGUGGGGCGGCGGGGGCGGAGGGCGCCGGGCAGGGCCGGGCCGGGAGCGCGGCUUAUCCCGGCCUCUUGUCCGCCCGCAGCCGCCGCGGUCGUGCGAGGACUAUUGGUGGGAGUGGAAGCACUGCCGCGGGCUGCGGCACGCCUUCCACCACUACUACGCGCACGGGGAGCUGCCGACCUGCGACCGCUGGCGGGAGGACUACGAGGCCUGCCGCGCCUGGGAGAAGGGCCGCACCGCCGCCGCGCAGGAAGCUUUGUGCAAGAGCGAAAGAGCUCGAGUCAUGGAAAAUCAGAAGUAUGCUCCAGUGUGGACACUCAGGAAGAGCCCACCAUCUGACUGGUAUCUUCCACUUGACCAAGACAAACCAAAUUAGCAAGCCUGCUUUGCUGCGUUUGGUCAGUAAUGCAAUACACAAUGCAGAACUAUGCUGGGCUGCUUCGUUUUCUUCCACAUCGUGUUGAAACUAGGUAACUGUAGCUCUGCCCCAGCAAUGCUUCAGUGCUCAUUCAAAAAGUGAGAGGUCACUUAAACGCCCAGUACUAUUUAAAGGGAGAACUGAGGUGCUUAAUUCGAUUCUGGUCUCUUAGUACUGUGUCAUGCUUUAGGAUUUCAUCUGAGCAACUUGGCAGGCAACUCCCACAUUAGUGCAUACAUGAUCUAGCUCCUCUUGCUAGGCCAGGACCUCUUCCCCUAGCAGCCAAGUGUUACGCACUUGUGGAACGAGGUACCCACCCCAGCCGCGCCAGGUGGGCAGACAAAAACAAGCAGGGACUCCUCCCUGCCAGUUUAGGACAAAUACACCCACUGGCAUGUGAAAGGCAUGUCCUGGAUUUGUGACUGUUAUGGACUGAGAGCUUCUCACCUGGUGGGAUGAAACUGCAACCCUGCCCCUUUAUGGCAUUGCUCUUUAAUGGGUGUGUGUUGAUGGCAGUACUCGAGCUUACUACAAAAACUAAGGUUUAAAUGAAUGGAGAGACAUCUGUUUUGGCUCAGGGCAAACCCUUAGAAACUUAAAGCAGUUAUAUGCCAAUAUUAAA